CCUUAACAUGUGAAAAAUUAAUUAAUUAAUAACUAACUAAUCUAUUAAAAUCAAAUUAUGAUCCAACUUGACCAUGUUUGGUACAUAGACUGAAAAACUUACUCUAUACAUGUUAUGUAACACCACUACUAUCUACCUAAGCAUGCAACAACUAAACCAACAAACACAAAGUUACGCACUAAAAAAAACUUUAAAAAAUAUUGAAAAAAUAAUGAGGAAAGAUCAUUUUAUUGUGCUUCUUUUACUUCUAUCACCAUCUUUGGCAUUUGCUGAAGAUGGAAAACCAAAAAAAUGGUGGUCAACACCUCUUAUCAUAGUCCUUUACAUAGGGUUCUUCCUAGUAGCAGCCGGUAUAGCGCUAUGCGUACGCCAUUUUCGUGACCGGAACCUCCCCCUACACUACCAGCAUGAGCGGGAGGAACGUGGUUUGGAUGCGGAGGAGAUAGAGUCACUUCCUUCGCUACGAUUCUCCGAGGCUAAAAUGCACCGGCUUAAAGAGGAGGACCGGCAGCUCGAGUGUGCCGUGUGCCUUAGCGAGUUUAAGGAUCAAGAGGUGUUGCGUAUUUUGCCUGAUUGUUUCCAUGUUUUUCAUCCUUCUUGCAUUGCGCCUUGGCUCUCUUCUCAUGUUACUUGCCCGAUUUGCAGGUCCAGCUUGGAGCAUAGGCAAGGAUCUAGUGUGAGCAUGUCUUCCGCAUUUGACGCUACUUCAGGUCCAUUGUCACAGAGAUUUGGUCAUAGCGGUUAUUUUCAGCACAUUUUCGAUGAAAACAACGAUGAUCUCGAUCACGAUCACGAUCAUGAUCAUGUUACAGUCAACAUUGAAGGGUCAUCAAACGUACAUUCAGAAGUGUUGAGUGUUGAUGGUCCUAGUACUCCUAGAGUAACUAGUGACACUGGAAAAAAGUUACAUAGGUCUUACUCAACAGGUGGCUUGGUAGGGAAAAAUAAAACUACUAUGACUACUUCUAGGAGCCUAUUAUUUCCUAAACAGAGUAGUCCAAAGAGUGAUUAUCAUACAACAAUUAAUAAUGCACAACAUUGGAGUAGCAUUAUUUCUUCCAAAUCGGAUCGAUUCGUAGACUAUUCUUCAUUAAUAUUGGUGCAAAUGAAGAGUGCAAUUAGGUCGCCAUGCCAUGUAACGUCUAAGUUGUUGUAGCCGUAAGAGAUAUAUUUGUGUUGUCACUCUUAGCUCAUUCCUGAACUAGGAGCUCGAAAUUUAAAUCGAGUGUUAUUAUACAUGUACAAAUGGAGUCAUAUUAGGGCGAUAAGGUUACAAUAAUAUAUCGAGAAAAAGUUCAUAUGAUAAGAUGGUAUGCGGGGUUUUUUUCAUCAUUUUUCAUCCCCUAGUACUAUUUUAUAUUUAUUUUUUUAAAAAAAAAUCUUUCUUUUAUGGUGUUUUUAGUAACUGUGUUAUUUGUUGUUCUCCCACUAAUCGUGCAGGGAAAAAGACACCUAAAAAUUAGAUGGGCUUGAGCCUAGUAGAGUCUCAGCCUAAGGGGCCAACAAGCUUAAUCUCAACUCGUAUGAUGGCCUCUUUUGUCUAGGAGGCUAACAUAGAAAUGAAUGUAAUUCUUUUGUCAAAAUGAUCUUUUUUUUUUUUUCUUUUUUUUUUUUAAAAGACAAAAUGAUCCUUGAAGAGAUGUUACUCUCUCUGUUUCUAGUAGUCUAGUAGAGUACCAUUUGGAUAUAAAAUGGAAUCUGAUCUCUCUUGAU